AUGCCCUUUUUUAAUAAAUGUUUUCAAAAUGUCUUUGCAAAGGAUUCCGAACCCGCCAAACCCAAGGUUCGGUUUUUACUUCCAGGGGAGUCAUCAGGCUCACCAAUCUUAGAACCCAGCUCAGUCUAUAGGGACUCCAGGUAUCUAAGAAAAGCUGGAACUGAAACUUAUGGCGAGAUUUUUCAGAAUAAGCUGGAUUACACAGAGCCAUCAACCGGAAUACCAUUAAUUAGAAGGCGCGCUUUAGAAGCUGAGAAUGCAAAGCAACCACCAAAGAACAGCCCUCCGCAUUUCUCUCCACCAAAGUCGAUCUUUGUACGCAUUGCGGAGGAUCCACGUGUUUUUCCCGAUGAUUUUAUGGAUAUGCUGGAUGGCACAGAAGUAUCAGUUGCGUCAGAAUCAGUUGUUUUGCAAAAUGCAGAGUCAAGUUUGAUCUAUGAUAAACUUAGAGGUCCAGUAAAUAUUGGAAUUGAUUUUUCCUCCGAGAGUCGCCAGACAAGGAGGGAGGAUAUAAUUACGGAAUCUGACACAGUAACAAUCCUGAGGAGUGCUUCCCAAGUAGAGGAGGCAUCCAAUAACAGCUUCACCUCGCCCUAUGACAGUCCAAGCCAACUUCAAUUUCAUGUUGCUAAUGAAACCACAGAUGGAAACGCGGAUGUACCAUGUACAUCUGCCUUAUCAGAAUUUGAGUCUAGCUCGGUGUAUGAUGAUGAAAUCAUUCCGAGAGAGGCUCCAUAUCAUGUUGCUAUUAAAACCACAGAUGGAAACGCGGAUGUACCAUGUACAUCUGCCUUAUCAGAAUUUGAGUCUAGCUCGGUGUAUGAUGAUGAAAUCAUUCCGAGAGAGGCUCCAUAUCAUGUUGCUAUUAAAACCACAGAUGGAAACGCGGAUGUACCAUGUACAUCUGCCUUAUCAGAAUUUGAGUCUAGCUCGGUGUAUGAUGAUGAAAUCAUUCCGAGAGAGGCUCCAUAUCAUGUUGCUAUUAAAACCACAGAUGGAAACGCGGAUGUACCAUGUACAUCUGCCUUAUCAGAAUUUGAGUCUAGCUCGGUGUAUGAUGAUGAAAUCAUUCCGAGAGAGGCUCCAUAUCAUGUUGCUAUUAAAACCACAGAUGGAAACGCGGAUGUACCAUGUACAUCUGCCUUAUCAGAAUUUGAGUCUAGCUCGGUGUAUGAUGAUGAAAUCAUUCCGAGAGAGGCUCCAUAUCAUGUUGCUAUUGAAACCACAGAUGGAAACACGGAUGUACCGUAUACAUCUUUUAUACCAGAAUUAGAGUCUAGCUCGCCCUAUGACGUUCCAAGCGCAUUUCCAUUUCAUGUUGCUAUUGAAACCAUAGAUGGAAACGCGGAUAUACCGUAUACAUCUGUCUUACUGGUAUCAGCCCCCUUGUCAGAUGCUGUGAGCUCAGUUGAAAGAACCAAUUGGAAUAACCAAAACUCAGAGGACUGCGAUUUUAAAAACAUCAAUUUCUUCCACUUUGACAAGUUUAAGACUCCCGUCGAUUCAUACUGCGGUGAAUUGUGCCAAUAG